UUAAAAUUGCGUAUAUUAAAUAAAAUAAAAACUUUUUAUCAUUUCUUUAUUUAUAAAUAGUAAAUUUAUGGAUAGGUUCAGCUGGUAUCAAGAUGAGAAGUCCUUAACAUUAGUAUUCUAUAAGAAUUUCGCAUUGAAAGAAGCGUUAAAAUUAAAUCUAAAUAACAAAAAAUUAUCAAUAUGUUUUAACACAUCAGAUGAUGAUGAAAAAUAUACAUAUAACUUUAAUCUCACAUCAAAUAUUAAGAAUCCAUCAGAAUCUGAUGAAAACAUGAAAGUUUCAAUAACAGAUAAAAAGAUGGAAAUAAAGCUAUUUAAGACUGAAGGUGGAAUGUGGGAUAACUUGGAAUCAGAUGACUCUAAACAAGAGAAUUCAAACAGAAUUACAAAUUCAUAUGAUAAAUUCAGUGAUAAAAAUUUUAAUGAGGAAUUGGUUGUCGAUGAAAACACGGAAGACUCAGAUGAAAAGUUCAUGAAUCUACUCAAAGAAAUAUACUCAAAAGGUGAUGAAGAAACUAAAAGAGCUAUGGUAAAAUCAUUUACGACAUCAUCGGGUGAAAGACUCUCAACAAAUUGGAACUCAGUCAAGGAUAAAUAAUAUUUUAAUCCAAAAUUUAAUUUAUAUGAAACAUUUCAUAA